UAUGGACUGUGCUCUUCCCCAGAUCCUUUACCCCAGACUGACGAUUUAGACCCCUGACUCACGGACUAAGCUGUGUGGGUCCACGGCGCAUUACUGUAAAAGAGAAGUUUUCAUAGAUAUUGUCCGACUCUCCCCCAUCAGAGCAAUUCAGUAGACUUCAUCAUCAUGGCGCAGUAUGAGUCCGAAACCGGAGAGAAGGGGGACACUACGCUCUAUUCAGUUGAGGGCGGAGCCACCUCACCAAGUGACCGCUCCACUGAUGAGUUCACCUGGACUGAGGAGGAGGAGACAGCUGUCCGACGCAAGCUGGACAGAGUCAUCGUGCCGCUGACCACGUUCCUCUACUUGCUGUGUUUCCUUGACCGUGCGAACGUCGGAAAUGCACGUAUCCAGGGUAUGGCAACCGACUUGAAUCUUGUUGGCUAUCGAUUCAAUUGGGUUACCUCGGUCUUUUACAUUGUCUACAUGUUUGUCGAAGUGCCAUCAAAUAUUCUUUUGAAGAAGAUUGGUCCGAAAUGGUACUUGCCGUUGCUAGUCGUUGGCUUCGGCUUUGUCUCGCUUUGCACAGCUUUCGUUCAGAGCUUCGAAGGCUUGCUGGCUGCUCGAGCCAUGCUUGGUGUCUUUGAAGGUGGUGUUAUGCCUGGUCUUGCGUUCUUCAUCACUUGCUUUUACAAGCGCAACGAGCUGUUGUUCCGUAUCGGUAUCUACGUCUCGGCUGCCAGUAUGGCUGGUGCUUUCGGUGGACUCUUAGCUACAGGAUUAGCCCGAAUUCCUGCAUGGGGUGCAUCCGGCAUGAUUAUCCACACGUGGCGCAACAUCUUCUUCUUCGAAGGUCUCUUCACUCUCCUUGUUGGACUCGGCUCACCCUUCUUGAUGCCGACAAGUCCAGGGGAGUGCUGGUUUUUGAACGAACGCGAGCGAAGGAUUGCGCACGAUCGUUUGGUUUCAAAGACUGGAGCCGGAGAGCACGAGAAGGUCCAACCUCGCCAUGUGAAGCGGGCGGUGCUCAACAUCACCAACUACAUCUGCGCGUUCGGUUUUUUCUUCAUCAACAUCACCGUCCAGGGUAUCUCUCUGUUCAUGCCCACCAUCCUGAGGGAUCUUGGCUGGACAGCCACCAAGGCCCAGCUCUACUCCGUUCCCCCGUACGUCUGCGCGUGUCUCGUAGCAAUCGGCAUCGCGUUCGCCAGCGACAAGACCAACCGCCGCGGUAUCUUCCUCGCCGUGUUCACCAUCCCCGCCAUCGCCGGCUUCGCCAUUCUUCGCUGGGUCACCGAUCCUAACGUGCGCUACGGUGGCAUCUUCCUGAUCACAAUCGGUGCAUUCCCCGGCGGUCCCGGUUUCCUCGCCUGGGCGACCAACAACGCCGGCAACCCGUCUGUACGCGCCGUAUCAACCGCCUACGUUGUCACGCUCGGCACGGCUGGUGGUAUUCUUUCGACCUGGACAUACAUCUCCAAGGACGCGCCGAAAUACCCAACGGGCCACACCAUCAACUUGGUUGGUCAGAUCUGUGUUUUGAUCUUGGCUAUUGCGGGUAUCAUCUACUCGAAGUGGGAGAACAAGCAGCGCGACCUGGGGAGGCGCGAUCACCGCCUCAACGGCUUGAACGAGGAGGAGAUCAGGGAUCUUGGAUACAGACACCCGGAGUUCCGAUACAUUCACUGAGGGUGUCAUUGGCUGGGACAGGACACGGGCCUGCAAUGGCUGGAUUUAAUAUUUAACACGUUUCC